AUGGUGCGACGCCUUCCAUAUAAUGAAAAUGUCGACGUGUGGGCUCUUGGAGUAUUGUGUUACGAGUUGUUAGUUGGUGUACCACCGUUUGAAGCGAUAGGUUUUCAUGGAACUUGUCGACGAAUAAUGUGUGAUGAUGUAAAUAUUCCUGAUCACGUGUCAAGUGAAGCUAGGAACUUCAUUUUAAUGGUUCUUCAAAAAAUUCCAUUCUGUCGCCCAUCCUUGGAAGAUAUUCUGAAUCAUCCUUGGAUUCGUAUGCACAAUAGCAUGACAACGCCUUCAUCUUCGAGUAAACCACGAGUUAACAUUAAUAGACACACUUUUAAUAAUGCACUGUCUGAAAUUCGGUACAAUACUUUUUGA